AAUCACGAACAUAGGACAACUUAUUUUUAUAUAUAUAGAUUAUAUAAUAGCUACAAUGUAACUAUAUUAGCUUAUGGUCAAACAGGAAGUGGUAAAACCCAUUCAAUGGGCACCAAUUAUGACGAAACAGAAGAUAUGGGUGUUAUACCACGAGCAAUACACGAUAUAUUUGAUAUAAUUUCAAUGAAAGAAAACUGGAGUUUCAGAGUUACGGUUUCAUUUAUGGAGCUAUAUCAAGAACAAUUGUACGAUCUUUUAACUGACAAAGAACGUAGUCAGUCUAUUGUUGAUAUUAGAGAUGAUGGAAAACAUAUAAAAGUUGCUGGAAUUGUAGAGAAGGAAGUGAUGAAUGGAAAAGAAACAUUACAAUGCUUAGUACGAGGAUCUCUAGGCCGUGCAACUGGUGCUACAGCAAUGAAUGCUCGGAGUAGUCGUAGUCAUGCAAUAUUUACGUUGUGUAUACAUCAAUGCAAAAAAGAUGAUCCUAAUACAGCAACAACUGCAAAGUUCCAUCUAGUAGAUUUAGCUGGGUCUGAACGCAGUAAAAAAACACAAGCAACCGGUGAAAGAUUUAAGGAAGGUGUAAAUAUAAAUAAAGGACUGUUAGCAUUAGGAAACGUUAUAUCUCAAUUAGGCGAUGCUAGCCCUACAUCUUACAUUGGUUAUCGAGAUAGCAAACUUACACGAUUAUUACAAGAUUCUCUUGGAGGCAAUUCCAUGACACUUAUGAUAGCAUGUGUCAGUCCAGCAGAUUAUAAUUUAGACGAAACUCUAAGUACACUGCGUUACGCGGAUAGAGCACGGAAAAUAAAAAAUAAACCUGUGAUAAAUCAAGAUCCACAAGUUUUAGAAAUCAAUAGGUUGAAUAAAGUGGUGCAAGAAUUGAAACUUGCUUUGGUAGGUCAAGAAAUCGGAAUGUCUUGUCCGCUUGAGCAUAAACAGCUUGAAGAAAAUAAUAAGUGUUUGCGACAAAAGAUAAGAGAUUUAACAGAAAAGCUACAUGCAAAUUUGAUAGAAGUCGUAGUUAUGCACGAAAGAGCCGAACUAGCGGAACAAGCUAGAGAAAAAAUUCAGACGGAUAUGCUGAAAAUAUUAGAAAAUUGUAAAGAACUUUUAGAUAAUUUUGAUAAAAAUCCUGAUACACAUACUGAACACCGUACAAAAUUAGAAGCUAUAUAUGUACAAAUUCUUGAUAUACAGAAAGAUCAGGAAAAAACAUCGGAGGAGUUCAUAAAUUGUGGAAUAUCUGUUACUUCAAAAACAUUUACAAUGGACAGUGAUGAGGACUCGAAACAUACAUCUGUAAAUGACACAAGUUCUGAAAAUCCAGACAGUUUAGACGAUUUCGAUAAAAAACAAGAAGAGCAUACUUUGCUUCAAGUCAAAAGGAAUAAUGAAGUACAAGACAUAAAUAAGGAACUGGCUAUUAAGGAAAGUCUUAUGUGCCAGGUAUUGAAAAUACGUGUCCUAUGUCAGAUGACAGUAUUAUCGAUGAUCCUGAUAAAGAUCCAGAUUGGGUACACACACCAUUUUAUAAUCGCAUUCAAAAACUUCAGAACACAACCAAAAACACUUCGCCUGAUCACACGAUACGAAAACGAUCGGUGGAGGGGGAUAUAAAAUGUGGUUGUAAAACAAAAUGUUCUACACGUAUUUGCUUAUGUUUUAAGAAUAAAAUUGCUUGUUCCAACUGUAGUUGUAAUCCAGAAAAUUGUCAAAACAAAGAUAAUACUAAUAUUAAUCGUACUUUGCUCUUACAGUAUAAUGAAGACAAAGAAAUCAAUGAACCAAUAAAAAAACAAAGACUGGUGGAGUACAGUACGGAAGCACAAAUUUAAUUAUAAAUAGUUCAUUUUUUAUAUAAAAAUAAUGUUAUUUCAAGCGAUAUUGUAAUGUAACUCAUUUUACGUUACUUCAUUUUA